GUGUGGUUUAUAUUUGUAUCCUAAUUUGCACCAAUAACCUCAUAUUUAUAAUGUCAUCACCUCAGUCCGGUACAUCAAACGAGCAGACAACUAAUAGCGAGACAAAUGCCACAAUAAAUGCCAUCACUGAUUUUCGUUUACCCCAAUACGGUUUCGCAGAACCAAGGAUUUGGUUUGCGGUAAUUGAACCGUUGCUAGAAGCACGGGGCAUUAAGUCCCAAAUAGCCAAAUAUGGUAUGGUGCUGGCAGAACUCCCUCCGUCAGUAUUGACAGAAAUCAGCGAUUUCAUCGAAGAUCCUCCGACAGAACAUCAAUUUGAUAAACUUAAAGCCCUCCUCAUACAACGUACCAGUCUGUCGGAUGAGAAAAGAAUCCAACAAUUGCUCACAGGCUGUGAUCUAGGCCCACGUAAACCAUCCCAGCUACUCAGGCACAUGCGCCAGUUAAUCGGAAAUCAUAAAGUAGACGAGGUCGUGCUGAAACAGAUGUGGUUGCAACGUUUACCUAGAAAUGUCCAGCAAAUUUUAAUCAUCUCAGGAAAGUCAUAUGACUUAGACCAACUAAGUGACAUGGCAGAUAGUAUUUUGGAUGUUUUAUCCGAUAACACCAUAAGUCACGUAGCAUCUGAUAGUGCCACACCGUGUCAUUCCACACCCACGGCAGACACACCGAUACUCGCC